AUGAAUAAUGAAUAUGAAUUCCUUUCUGAGAUCUUAAAACAAUGGCAUAAAAUAACUCAAAAAUAAAUUAAGCAAAGAUAAUCUGUAAUGUCGAUAAUGUAUACAAAAGAUCAAAAUUUAUUGAAGAAUGCAUUCUAAGGAUGGAUCAAGCGUUGGUAUGGCUAGAAGAACUAUAAAUACAAAAGAGACCUAUUCUACAAGAAACUGUUGAUCUUCAACUAUAAAUUCCUUAUCAGAAAAUACUUUAAUGGAUUUAUUUAAAAUAGCAAAAGAUUAGUCACCUUGCAUUAUAAAAAGGAAAUGGCAAAUAACUUUAGAUCUCAACAAAUUUAAAAACUUAAACGCAAAAUUCUAAGAGCUUUUAUAGCAAAUAUAACUACUAGCUAGAAUAUCAAGCAAAUUCAAUAAAGAAGUCUUCGUUUGUAUUUCAAACUUUGGAACUCAGAAACUAGAAAACUUCAACUGAAAAACAAACUCACCAAAGACAAUGGAAAUCUUAAUAAUGUGGAAUAGUGGGUUUAAUAGAAAAGAUCAAAUCGAAUCCAACCUAAGAUUUAUUAAGAAAACCCUGAUUAAUAACCCUCUCUGCCUUAAUAAUAAACAAAAAGUUAAACAAAUGAAUAAAAAGUCUAAAAAUAGGUCACACCAAAGAAAGAAAAAAUAAAUGAAGAUUAGAAGGCUUAUGCUCCAGAUUAAAUAAAUUAAAUUCAAUCCAUCAAUGAUUUAAAUCAGUAUUUACAAUUAAAAAUGAUGGAGUAUGAAUAUUAUACUGGCCUACCUAAUAAGAAUGUGAAUGUUAUCAAAUAAAUCAAAUUGGAAAUAAAGUUGACAUUAGAGAAAAUACAAGAAUUUAGAGGAUAAUAAUGA